AUGGGUAGUGGUGCCAAAACUAAGGGAAAGAGACAAGCAGGAGCGGGUCAUAGGUAUACCAGACGUAUGCGCGCUCUGAAGUCACGCUCAAAGGACCUAGAUCGUAUUCAAGAUGAACUCAAACUGGAUCCUGAAAAGCGACUGAUUGAGUAUGAUGAAGAUCUUCCCGGAGGAGGUCAGUUUUAUUGCCUUUACUGUGAUAAACACUUCAUGAACAAGGAAAUCUUAGAUGAGCAUUUAACUACGAAGCUGCACCGCAAAAAUGUGAAAAGAGCAAAUGAAGAACAGUACACGCAGAAGGAGGCAGAAGCUGCUGCAGGAAAGACAGUUGAAGUGUACGAGCCAAUUCGUCGUGAUGAGAAUGGUAUUCCACAAUAA